AUGUUUGAUCUCGGCGGGGAACAAUCCCGCAAUGUAACGGUGGACGCCCACCUUCAGGUAGUUCCCACGGCUUCUCCGAGACCCACUCGUUUCGAUCCUCUGCCAGUGAUUACAACUGGUAGUGGAAACGCUCUGCCGCCUCAUAGUCUGACACAGAGCAGCCAGAAAUCGCUCAGCCGGGAUUACUAUGUCGAGGGACAGUGCGCCCACCCCACGUCGUAUGGACAGUGUAUGGGUUUCAUGUCUUGUUGCCUCAUGCAUCGAAUCCCACCUCCCUGCCACGUCAUGCAGCCAUGCGGGAUGCUCAUGAAUUCGAUGCCCUGUAUCGACAUGCCACCGAUGAGGCAUCUGUUCCCGAUGCCAGGUCACGUCGUCUUCCCCGAGGACACCAAACUGGAACUCCCGCAUCACUACAGGAACCCGGGUCCGCAUCCUUUCGACAAUGUGUAUCCUCCACGUCCAAUGCAGCACGCUCACCCACAUCCCGCUCCCGAACCUCACCCUGGUCCCAUCCCCGAGCCCCACCCUCGACCUGUCCCUGAACCUAAUCCACGAUUCGGUCCGGGAUCUCAUCAUCGUCACCCUGCUGCGGACACGAGACCCGGUUUAGGGCCCUAUCCCCAUUUCGCUCCGGAGCCCCAUCCGGGGCCCGCGCCCGAACCCUAUCCGGGGCCCGCGCCCGAACCCUAUCCGAGGCCCGCGCCCGAACCCUAUCCGAGGCCCGCGCCCGAGCCGUAUCCGAGACCCGCGCCCGAGCCGUAUCCGAGACCCGCGCCCGAACCGUACCCUCGACCGGCACCGGAACCCUUCCCCCGACCGGCACCAGAACCGUAUCCGGAGCCUCAUCCGCGUCCCAUGCCGGAACCAUUCCCAGAACCCUUCCCUCCUCGGCCUCUUCCAAGACCGUUCCCUGAGCCAAUGCCGAGGCCUUACCCGCGACCUCAUCCGAGACCUUAUCCAGAGCCGAUGCCUGAACCUUUCCCGGAGCCCGCACCCCGACCGGAACCCCAGCCGGAGCCUCGACCGAUCCCGAUCCCAGACCCUAAAGUAAACUUAUCACCUUACCAAUGUCCUGCACAACACGGAAGCUUCCCAGACACCAGAGACUGCCGUAGAUAUUGGCAAUGCGUUGCUUAUCAGUCUCAGUUGAGAUACUGCGACGAGGGGGAAUUAUUCGAUCGCAAUCACCUCUGCUGCCUUCCUGCCCACAUGGUCACACAAUGUUGA